UCACCACCACCAUCUCCGAGCCGCAGACCCAUUCCGCAGACCCACUCCAGCAUGUCCGUCUCGCUGGCCAACACCACUCUCCUGCAGCUGCUGCCCGGCGGCGACGAGGCGCCGCUCGGCUCCGGCACGCUCGGCCUCGCUGCCACGGGCGACGCCGAGGCGCCGCUGCUGCUGCAGCUCAACGCGCUGCGCUUCCCGCUCGCCCGCGGCGCCCAGUUCGGCACCGACGCCGCCGACCCGCUGCUCUACUCCUUCCUCUUUGCGCCCGCCGGCAGCAGCAGCGAGCAGUUCUGGGUGCGCAUCCGCCUCGCGCCCGGCACGGCGACGGAGCACUUCGAGGAGCUGCUCAUCCAGCACGGCUUCCUGCUCGACGGCAUCCGCGCCGCCGGCGACGAGAUCGCACGCAGUGCCGUCGAGGGCGGCCAGAAGGUGGCGCAGAGCGUGCGCGAGACGCGCGAUGCGUGAGUGCUCUCGCCCACGCUGCUCCUUGCUGUAGCGCUGAAGCAGGCGCGCGCACAGCUCGCUGGCACAGCAGCCCGGCGAGCCGCUGCAGAUCUCGAGCGAGACGCAGACGAGCCUCGACAAUGCCAGCGCCAGCACGCAGACGGCGCGCGAAUGGACGGGCGCCGUGACGGGCAAGAUUGGCGAGGCGACGCAGG